CUCUAUCUUCCUCUACAAACAAAAAAGAAGAGGAAAAAAGGAAAAAAAGAUUAAUGGGACAUUUGAUCUCAGUUCCACAGCAAUGCUCUCAACUGUUUCAUACCCCUUUUGUUAAUUCUUCAACUUCUCAACUAUUUUCUCAAAAUUGUACAAAUAAAAAUUUUGAAAUGUUAAAUAAUAAUGAAGAUGAAAUUGAUGAGCAUAUUCCGACAACACCAGACCCAAAUUCCUUCAAAUUACAACCACACGAAUUAAAUCAAUUCCCAGAUGAAAUUUUUGAUAUUGUCAGCAAAGUUGGAGAAGGUUCAUAUGGGUCAGUCCAUAAAGCAUUACAUAAAGCAAGUGGGCGAUCUUUGGCGAUUAAAAUGGUUCCAGUAGAUACAGACUUACAAGAAAUAAUUAAAGAAAUUACAAUAAUGCAGCAAUGUGAUUCUCGGCAUGUAGUUAAAUAUUAUGGAAGUUAUUUCAAAAAUUCUGAUCUCUGGAUUGUAAUGGAAUAUUGCGGUGCUGGUUCCGUUUCUGAUAUAAUGCGUUUAAGACGUAAAACUUUGGACGAAUUCGAAAUUAGUGCAAUAUUAAAAGACACACUUUUGGGGCUUUUUUAUCUUCAUGGAAUGAAAAAAAUACAUAGGGAUAUUAAAGCAGGAAAUAUUUUAUUAAAUAUGGACGGAAAUGCAAAAUUGGCAGAUUUUGGAGUGGCCGGGCAAAUAACUGAUACAAUGGCUAAGAGAAACACUGUUAUUGGAACCCCUUUUUGGAUGGCCCCAGAAUUGAUACAAGAAGUUGGUUAUGAUAUGAAAGCAGAUAUUUGGUCUUUGGGAAUUACAGCUAUAGAAAUGGCCGAAGGAAGACCUCCACAUGCAGAAAUACAUCCAAUGAGGGAUUGGAGUCCGUCAUUUCUCGAUUUAAUUUCAAAAUGUUUGGUUAAAAAUCCGGAAGAGAGGACAACGGCUAAAUGUUUACUCGAGCACGAAUUUAUAAAAUCGGCUAAAGGAGCAAAAGUAUUGAGAGAAAUGAUUGCAAAUGCUCAAGAUGUUGCUGCACAAUAUUUAUUGCAAGAAGCGCAAUAUUCCCACAUCCAACAACAGCAAACUUCAAUUUCAGAAUUCGAUACAAAUUCAACAAUGGUUUCAAAUUCAGAAAGAAAAAAUUCUUCAACCAAAAAUAGUUUAAUAAUUAAUUCAGAAACUAUGGGUAGUGGAGUUAAUAAUAAUGAUACAUUAUUAACUAAUUUUGACGAUGGAACCUUGAUACAAUAUGGGGAGAGUAUUAGACAUGGUAAGGGGAGGGGAGAGGAGAGGAGAGGGGAUUCUGAAAAAAUCAGAAUUUAA